AUGGGGCGUACUGGGCUUCAAAACAUAGCAAAAAAGCAGUUUCAGGGUGAAAGAAUUAAAGAAAAUAGAGGAGGUGACCGAAAAAGUCAUUUAAGCCAGGAGAAGAAAGACAAUGUAAGAAAAUUCAUUGGAAAACUUCGAGGAAGUGAAAGUCAUUAUGGAAGAAAUAAGUCUAAACGAAUCUAUUUGAUGGCAGGCUUGAGUAUUAAAAAAAUACAUAAAAUAUACAAUACGAAUACCACUGAUGAACUGAAAGUGAAACUUUCAAUGUUUAGACGAAUCUUUGUUAGUGAAUUUAAUAUUGGUUUUAAAUCACCAGCUACCGAUGUGUGCAGUUAUUGCACAAUUCUAAAUCACAAAAUAAAAACAUAUCCAUCAGGGUCAAAGGAGAGGAAUGAUGUCAUUAUAGAAAAAAGAAUUCAUAAGAAGAGAGCGAAUGCAUUUUAUCAGCUAAUGAGGCAGGAUGUAGAAGAUUCGAUAAGCUACUGUUUUGAUUUACAACAAAUCCAACCGUUGCCAAAAGCACCGGUACAGGAGGCAUACUAUUUGAGACAAAUUGGAUUUUACAGCUUUUGUAUAGUCGAUUUAAAAGGACUGAAACCACAGUUUUACUGCUGGUCUGAAGAACAAGCCGGUAAAGGAAGUACAGAAAUAUCAUCUGCUUUGUUACAUUUCCUUCUGAAUACUGAUUUCCAAUCACACACCAUUUUAAGACUGUUUAGUGAUGGAUGUAUCUCUCAAAAUAAAAAUAAUAUUGUAAUACGUACUAUUAUGUACUAUUUGCAAACUACAAGGACAUCUCUUAAGGAAAUUCAUAUGCAUUUUCCAAAUCGAGGCCAUUCCUUUUUACCUGCCGAUAGAGUUUUUGGCAGGGCUGAAAAACUGUUGCGAAACAAGCCCACUAUUAUCGCAAAAGAAGAAUAUAUAGAAAUUUUUAAAGAACUGGGACAGUUGUAUUCAUUAGGACAAGACUGGGAACUCAAAGAUACCAAGGACUUAAAGAAGUUCUACAAAGAUCUAAAAAACAUAAGCAAUAUGAAAAGGAUUUUCUUCAAAGUCAGUGAGGUUAAUGGUAAACGGUCAGUCAGAGUUCGAGCGAUGGAAAACUUUAUUUAUGAAGGAAAUGAAACAUACGAAAAUUUAAACAAGAAAUCAUUCACCAUUAACAUGUUAAACAGAAUGCAACCAAAAACACUGCCUUUAAGCAGAUCUUUAUCUAAUGAAAAAAGAUGGAUGUAG